GCACAGGUUGAGUUCAAUUUAUAAUCAGUUUAUAUCCUGUAGAAAUGCCUGAUAUAUGGAAACUUUUCAAAGAAAUUACUGGCAAGCAUAUGAAUAGUAUUCCUUAUUCAUUUGGUGUGUGUAAUAAACAAGUCUUUCAUAAAUUUUCCCACAAAUGCCAAGCUUUCCAGUGUCACAAGUGUUAAUGGAACCCGUUUCUCUGGUUUCAAUACAGAUGAUGUUCUAAAAUGUCUCCGGUCUGUGAACAUUUCCUGUAGCCUAAGUCCAGAUCGUUUGCCCAGUCUUAUUCUUAUAAAAUGUGCAGAUAUCCUUUGUUUUCCUCUCAUUGAUAUAUUUAAUGAAUCUUUUUCCAGAAAUGCCAAGCCAGCCGUUUGAAAGGAUAUUAAAAUUGUACCUAUACCUAAGUCAUCUACUGGAACCUUUUUUUAAUUUAGACCUACUGCUGUUACCUCUCCUUUUCUAAAAACUAUGGAAAAAUUAAUCUUACUUAAUCUUCAACCUUCACUUAAAGCCUUUAACGAUCCCAAACAAUUCGCCUAUAAACACAGUAGAAGUACUUUAGUUGCAGCCGCAGUCUUACGUCAUAAUAUUGUCUCCAGUUUAGACAAGGCGGCUAAGUUUGUUCUCCGCACCUUCAUAGAUUACACAUCUGCUUACGACUUAGUACCUGGGGAUAUUUUGUUAAACAAGCUUACUGAAACUCAAACUGACUGUUGGGUUGUCAAAUGGCUGCAUACUUAUUUCGCAGAAAGAAAGCAGUACACUGUAUGUCAGGGGAAGUCGUUCACUUCAUCACUUACUGAGGCUGAUAUCCCUCAAGGCUCUGUCAUUUCUCCUUUUCUGUUUCCUUUCUUCUUACAUUACUUUCCUCACUCUGAUAAAAUAAACCUUGUUAAGUAUGCGGAUGAUCUAAUAAUUUCAAUCUCUGUUAACUCCCAGCUAGACUGCACUAGGAUGAACAGCUUUCUGUUAGGAUUCAGCAAAUAGUCUUUGUCUAAUGGCCUUAAACUAAAUUCUUCCAAAUGUCAGACUUAAUAUCAGUUUCCGAUGUAAAAGAAGGUUAAAUGAAGCUGUUAAUUCCUAUGACCGUUGCAAAGUUGAUGACACUGAUAUAGUCUGAAGUUAAGUAUCUUGGAUUUAUUCUUUCUUCUGACCUAUCCUGGUCUUCCCAUAU